AUGGACGCUGAAACACUGCGUACCGUCUUGGAAGCCCAAACCAAGGCACCGCAGCAAAUGUUUACCGAGAUGAUGAAGCGUAUGGAAAGGAUGGCCUCCGCUUCAAGCCCGGCUGUUCCAACAACGGGAAGUAUGGGAUCGGCCAGUAUAACACCUUCAACGUUUACUACGAUAUCUGGAAUUUGGGUCAACGUCGUCAAAAGCGCUUUUGUACAACUGAAAGAUCGCAGAGGACACAAACUCAAAAGUGCUCACGCACUUACAGAGACCGCUAAAAACUAUCACGAGGACGCUUUUUAUGACGAAUUCAACGCGUUGACAUCCAAGACACGCAGCCAGCAGACGGUUAUUGUCGGAAUUGAUGCGAACACAAAAAUCCAUCACGAACAACAGUCAUAUGUGAUUGGAAAAUGGCUAUCAGCUCAUGUGGCAAGGGACAACCCCUUCAACGCCAGAAGAGCAGCGCCAGUGGAAAAUGGCAACUCUUUAACUACAACUCGGCUACGUCUUGACAAGGAAAUUUUCUCUGUCGAAUAUCCGAAAUUCGAAGAGUUCAAUAUAAACCGAAGAUCGAUAUGGCAGGGCAAGAAUAGAAAGACAACUACUAUUGCUCAAGCACCAGCCGGAUUGAAUUCACCGUUCGAAUUGGAAAUCGGAGUAAGACAAGCGGCUGUCGCUGUCUUGUUCAACUUUGCAGUCGCCGAUAUCAUGCGAAGAACAGUUGAGCCGAUGUCGUUGAUGUCGUUAUUGCGCCGCUUGGAUGUCCCUUGGACGAGCUGA